AUGUUCUUUUUAUUUUCAUUAUUACUAAUAUUAAUCUCUGUUCAAUCUACUCUUUCCUGUUCGUGUGCACCAUUACCACUCAAACUUGAAUUCGUUGGUACACGAUUUAUUUUUAUUGGACGUGUCAUUGAUGUAAAAGUAAUCAAUUCUGAAGUAAAGACAGAUUAUGACUAUUAUGAUCUACCUGUGAUUCGAAAUCAUGAUUAUGAUGAAAUUACUAUGGAAAUAGAAGAAUCAAUUAAAGGCGUUGAAAAUCGUUCACGAAUUGCCGUUCGUACUCCAUCACGAAGCUCAUCAUGUUAUAGAGGAUCUACAGUGGGUCAACGAUGGCAGAUGUGGGGUACCGUUUUAGAACUUUGUUCGAGAAGUACACAAGAUAUUACUAGAGAUAUUGAUAUUCUUAGAAAUUUAAUUCAACAAUCAUAUGAUUAUACAGAUUAUAGCAAUGAAAUGAAUGUUCAAGAAAUAUCAAACAAAGAUUACUUUGUGAAUAUAACUAUCGAUGAAGAUAAUAUUAACAAAGAAAAUUCUCUCAAUGUUUAUACUGAAGACGAUUUUCAUGUUAUUUAUUCAGGAAAAGAAAAAAUUGAUAUUUCUUGA